AUGAGUAAACUUUUGCAACGUGUAAAAACUGUAUUCCGAAGAAAGCGUCGCAAUCGAAAAGAGUCAUCUACAUCAUUUGCGGAUUCAAAUAAUCAGCUAACAGAAGGUUACAAUACAGCAAUACCGUAUCAAAUACCCGAAGAUCGAGAUGAUAACAAUGAUGAAACCGAAAAUUUCAGACACAUCAAUCCAUUACAGCGAAAUAUUCCCAAACCAUCACAAAUAGACGUAUCAUCAUCAUCCGAUCACAAUGGUGAAGAGUCUCCGUCAACUUCAUCGUCGCGUUCGAAACAAUCUUUCAGAGACGUACCCACUCGUGCUCGACCUGCUCCAACGCGUAACAGUGACAUCAAUGGAAUUGCGAGACCGUCACUAAAUAACAAUCCUGGUCCUAUAACGAAUUCUACUUCACAGCAAGAGUACGCAUCAUAUAAAUCUGAAAAUCAAUAUCCACCGCCUCGUCCACCAGUAAAUCCUGUUUCGCAACCACCAAUAAAUAGUGUUCCUCUUCCUACGAAUGGCGAACAAUCGUCAUUAUCGAAUCCCGUACGUCAAUCACAAUUACGUGAUAGUACUCUAGAUCUUAUGAAUAAACAUCGAGAAUUAUUUCCAAUUCAUUCGGAUUCGAAUCUAGUGGGUUUUCCUACAAAUCAAUAUCGACGAGCAAGAAAUAUGUCGUACGGUCUUGAUAGAACUACUCAUCAAAAUCAACCAUAUCGAUCGUUACCGUAUCCGUCAAGAAAUAAUCUUUCCAAUUUUGAAAUUGAUUAUCCUAUUGAACAUGUUCUCAUCGAUGGAAAUGUUCCAUCAGCAAUAGCUGUUAAAAUAAACGAAGCAGUCGAAUAUGAUCGAUUCGGUGAUGCUUAUCGUACACAACGUUAUGCAUAUGAACCAGUAGUUCAACAACUAAACAUUGGUAAUAAUCAGCAAAUACAACGUCGUUUACUCGGAAAUUCUCAUCGACAUGGUAGGAGAUAUAUACGUGAAAUUACUAAUAAUCAACCUCGAAGUCAAAAGCUCUGUAAUCCAAGUUAUCAAAUACAAGAUCUCAAUAAUAUUGAACUAUUAAUUGAUCAUAUGCCUCAACUGAAUUAUCAAGUAAUGCCUUCUCAAAUUGUUUACGACUCUUUUUCAAUACCUAUAAAUCAUUUUACAGCAAAUGCUCUUCCCAAUGACCCAAUGCAAAUCUAUUAA